CCCCGGCCCUAAACCAUCCCACAAGGCUGGAUAUAAACACACACACAUGUCUGUGUAGUCACAUUGCUUCUUUAUAGAUCAUGGGACUAACCUGCAGCUCCGCAACUCAAGGGCUCGCGUUUCACCCUUAUACUAAGGGCCAUAAUAUCCAGCUAAGCAGUUGCCUCCAUCAGGCCAAGCGAGGCCACAGCUUCCAUGACGGAAUUAUUUUCUCCAAUCGCCCACUUCUCCCAAAAGAAAAAGUCUGGAUAAGAAUUCUGGAGGCAGAAAGGCGAUGGCAUGGGGCACUACGAGUUGGCUUUACCUCUGUGGACCCCAACAGCAUUGAGUCUACCAAUUUACCACCAUUUGCUUGUCCUAACCUUACUAAUUCUCCCGAUUUCUGGGCAAUGGGCAUUGCAGAUGAACUCUGCAUGGAGGGAGAGGAAAUUUGUUUUUGGGUAAACAAGAAAGGACAAGCACUUGUUAAGAAGAGAGGACGUUUUAAGCCAAAGGUGUUGUUCUCUGGCAUACCAAGGAAGAAAGCUCUCUGGGUCAUGAUAGAUGUAUACGGUCAGACAAAGGCUGUACAGCUUCUUGAUUCGAAAACAAAGCGGCUGUUCACUCCAUGCUGUAGUCCUGACAAUAAAGAGCCUCCAAAUUUGGCUUCAGAUCACUCAGGGACAACUGUGAAAAAGAACCAAUAUUUGCCUUCUCCUCAGUUUAAGCAACAUAUGGCUAAACCUACAAAACUGGAUCCAAGACUAGAAACAGUCAACUUACUUCCAUUCAGAGAAGAUGACACCUAUUGCGUGAUCUGUCAGGACAGAACAGCGGACACUUUGCUUCUACCCUGCAGACACUGCUCCUUCUGCCAACAGUGUGUUCUAAAAAUCAGAGGACAGAACAAUAUUUGCCCAUUGUGCCGACAAAGUAUCUUUAUAACCAAAAGCGUUACGGAUGGACACCUGCCAACCAGCUAUGGUAGCUGAUCUUUGUUGCUUAAGACUGAUUUCUAUUUUUUUUCCAAUGUUGAAGACUUUCAUACCAUCUACUUGCUUACAUUCCUCGGCCAGGUUACAAGAGAAUGAUCUUGUAAUAUAAUAGGCAAUGUAAUGGUGGUUACCUAUAAUUCCGGCAGACAUAUUUUCUGGGUGCUGCAAGGCACUUUGGAUUUAUUGCUAAAAAUGUAGUUAUAAUUCUAAAAACGGUACAAUAUUACUAUGGCUUGGUUCACGCUUCAUUUGAGCCUUCCGAGGUAUACUGUAUGUUGGGAGUAUAGGUCCGCCAGAAGGCUACAUACCUUGGUAUAUGUUGUCCAUGGGAACCACCAGUAGGGAAAGGAAAUGACCACAUGGUAUGCUGUGAGCUGGCUGAAUAUGGGCCACUAUGGGUAUCUUUGGUUAUGCAAUGCAAGCUUUUCAAAUGCAUAUGCUGCAUAAAGUUCGCAAAGUGUGAACAGCGCCUUAUGCACAUGACCAUUUCUGUAUUCCGUAGGAUGUGAAUCUCGAAUAUGUGGUGGUAAUGAAGUUCAGAGUUUGUAUAAAAAAAAAACACAGUAUGUUCCGGAUCUAACACGGCAAGAUGUAACCUCACUUAGAACUAGGCAAGUUCUUUAUUGUGCACCAUAUUAGGGGUCAAAUGCACACAGUUGUGUAAAUAAGGCCCAACCAAGGGUGAGAAUUGGAUAUGAGUGAUGGAAUACAGUAUGUGACAUGUAAGGAAAUAGGGAAUGUAGAACAUGACCAAAUGAAGGAACAUAUAUGUUUAUGAACUACGCAUAGUUGAAUGCAAUGAACACUGGUAUCUUUCAUGCAUCUUUUGGGUCAGAUUAUGGGUUAAAAAGGUAAAUAGAAAGGAAGAAUGACUCAGGAGGUGAAAUAUAGUGAGUUGACAGGUAAAUAAUAUGAUUCAUGGAAAGUGAAGAUGAAGGGCAGAGAGGGAAUUUCUGAUAUUGCGUAAGACGGUAAGAGAUAUUUACUGUAGAAAUGAUACAAGGUUGGGGUAGGUAGCGAAGAAAGAAGGUCAGAGAAAAAGAGUAAGACAAAAUGGAAAGGCAACUAUAUUGGUGGUAUAAAGUAGGUUAGAGAGAUGUUUAAAAACCUAUAUCAGGGUCUUUUACCGACAAUGGCCCUCAUUUACUAAGCUCAGACCCACUAGUUUAUGUGGGGUUUUUCCAAGUUAUUUUGGUGCACAGUGUCUGAGACAUGUCUCCGACACUGUGCGACAGGAAAAUCCAACUCUCAACAAAAUUCCCAGAGGAUUUCAGGGCAAAAAAUGUAAACAACAACUUUAAAACUUCAAUAUUUUAUUUGUAUCUCUUAAAAUAGUGAGUAUGAUUCUUGCAUUAAAAACACAGCAUAUGUUACAAUAGUAAGGUCGCUAUCUCCCUGUAGACAUGUAGUCACUGUGACGGUACUAGUAAUUCAAAUGCAGGGUAUAUGCUGACAUGUAUUAUGUAACACAUAGAGGCUGCUAAUUUAAAUCUGUCAUCCUUUAGCCAUCCAACCCCGACGUUUCGUCAGUCUGCGCUGACUUUAUCAAGGGAGUGUGGCUAAUGGCCGCUGGAUAGACAUAGAGAGGAGAUCUCUAGUUUAGGGUGCACCCCUUUGGGGGGGCAACCCCUAAAGUUGUUGUUUACAGGAAAAUCCAACUAACCCGACAUUGCAUUGUGAAAAGCAAAAAAGGGGGGGGGGUCUGUCGCAAAGGGUGCGUGGUUUCACAACCCGACCUAUUUACUAUUGAAUUCACAGAAAAUCCUGUGAAUAAAUGACUGGAAAUUUUCACCCAGAAAAAGCUGGUCAGAAAACUUUCCUGACUUGUAAAUCUGUGAUCCCCGUAGUAAAUAGGGUGGGUGGAAUCCUACAAGUCUGAAACAACAUUUCACACUAGUAAAAACCCUACACUCUUAGUAAAUGAGGCCCAAUGUGUGAUUUAUAAUACUGGUGUGGCCGACAGGCCCUAAGGCCGCCUAUAACAUCAAGUUCCAGGAGUGAUUUAUGUAUGUAAAAAUAUUUUCACUCAUUGAGACCUUAGGACAGUUUUUUUCUGUUGCAAAACUACAAUUUCCAGAAUGCCCGGACAGCCUUUGGCUGUCCGGGCAUGCUGGAAAUUGUAGUUUUGCAACAGUUGGAGGCACCGUGGUUGGGAAACACCAAUUUAGACUAAGAGUAUAGCACAAGUAGGUAUGAAGAUGAUAGAAAGGCCUGAAAAGUAAGACAAUGAAGGUGAAUUAUGAAAGUUGCAGAAGGAAGAGUGCGCAUGUGAAACUGCGACUAUAUUAUGGGGAACUCACAAACUUUCGGCUACCAAUGGGCACCCGGACCAGGGUGUGUUUGUUACUUCUGCACCAGUGGAAAGUUAUGUGAAGAUAAGGAUAGGAGUGCCGUAAAGUAGGUAUGAAAUUGGGGAAGAGUGAAGUUGAACUAAGAAAGUGGCAGAGCAGACAAAAGAGGAAUUGGAAUGAACAAUGUGAGGACUAGUGUGGAUUUCAAAGCUGUGAAUACAGGAUCCUAUAUUGUGGGGAAUAUGCAAACUCGAAAUAUCCAAAAUGUGACCUCUAUUUUUGAUAAGUGUGUAAUGAUAUAAUGUCGUAUUACCUUAUUUUGUAUUACAAACAGCUAAUGUUAUUAAAUGUUAA